UUUACUUAGCCUAUUGCCAAUUUCAAGGAAUCUAGAAAAAUAACCGAAAGUUUAGAAUUACCAAUGAGCACGAAUAACGCUGAUGAUUCAUCUAGGUAUAUGAAACUGAAAUAAAUAAUUAUGCAAUUAGGGUGAUUUUCAUUUUCAUUAAUUAGGUAUGAAUACUAAAUAAGCAUUAGAUUACAAGUUUGAUUGAUUCACAACGCAUGCGCAGCAAUUAUGAUAAUGAAAGCGAGGUAUUUAAGAAAAACGCUGUAUUUGCAUUUGUGUGCGACUUUGAUUAUUUCAAUGAUGAAUUCGCCUCCGAACGACUCAUUUUAUCUAUGCACAUUAAAAUACCCAAUUGUGUGAAGAUCUUGUUUUUAUGAUAUUUAUUCAUAUUAAGUUAAAAACUGUUCGUGCUUCUCGAAAUAUUUGUAUUACUUAAUGGCUUUCCAGUAAACAAGAAUGAAAUCUGGUGCCAGUAAGUCAGAUUCCAGUAGGCACAUCUUGAAAGCUUCCAUGCUCUGAAACGAUGUCAUCAACGGAAAAACAAAUGAAGGCCAGAGUCAGGAAAAAUUCUGAUGAGCAACUUUCAGCGUCAGGCUAUCAAAAAAGACCAAAAAAUGAUGAAAAUGUACCAGAUUCGUCUACGAAGUACUUAGCUGAAGAUGCAUCAGAGCCGCGUGCAAUGUACUCAGGAGAAAGCCGAGGGAAAACUGGAGCUGAUCAAUCAUCUAUGCUAUUGAAACGAAAUAAUAUUGAUUCCGAAGAAAAUGCGUCACAAGGUGGAAGGCGUGAACCCAAGAUAUCCAAAAAUUGCACCUCACCAAUGAAACUAGCGCAGAAUGAACAUGAAGUGACUGAAGAGUUGAAACAUGGAACGACUUCAAAAGAGUACUAUGAUGCUGCAGGAUUAAAAAAUUUUCUUCACGGCAUUUCUUAUCAAUCAAAAUUAUUAAUUCAUGUAUUAAAACGUGGCUUAUAUCACCGGGAAUCGAUAAAUAGUAGGUAUUGUUUCGCUAUUGGAACUGAAAUGAAUGCCGCUGAAAAGUUUGACGAUAUAGUCUUCCGAUACAAAAAUAACUUCCGGGAUCAAAAAUUUAUCUAUCGAUUUGUGCAGGCAAAGCAUAAAAUUGAUAAUACUAAAGUGCUCGGUGAAGACAAUUUACUUAGCCAAGAAGAAAAAGAGGAAUUCAGGUUAUCAAAAUAUUUCGUUUCUUUUCUCAGAAUUAGAAAAAACUCGUUUUUUCGAGGUGCUGAACUGAGAGAUUUUACAAUUUGUACAAAUAUUUCUCUAAACAAAAGUUUAGAAGACAGUUGUUUUGAAUCAGUGAAUAGGGACGAUGAAAUUUUUGAUUUUAAAACAGGGAAGCGUUUAAAACUCAAUUUGAACAAAUUCCCUAAAAGUGAUGAAUUGAAAUCAGCGCUGGAAAACGAGUCAGAUUGUAAAGAGUUGGCAAAGCGACUUGCUGAAUGUAUAAUGAAAGGUAAUGUCAUUAAUUUAAAGGAUGGCCUAUUUAAACUCUACCACCGUGCGCUACGCAUGCAUGUAAUUGAGGUAACAGAUGAAAAGCAAGUAAUUAAGAAGAAAGAUGAUGGAGAAAAAUACGUUGUUGCUAAAUUAUAUGAAAAUUUUGUCGAUGAAAAAAAUUUGUCGCCUCCUGUACAAAAUUUUAGGAAUGCCUUUUUCCACGAAUAUCGCGGACGAAAAGAUGUGGAAAUAAAGAUAGGACCUUCUUAUGUAAAAUUUUAUGAGUUUAAGAAUAAUCCCAACCUUGAAAAUGAUGCAAAAGCGUUAGCUAGUGAAAUUGCUACUUGCAUUACUCAUGCUAAGAACGGCAUUGUUAAACUCGAUAGGAGAAAAUAUAUACAAAAAUAUAUCGAUGAAUUAGCAGGAUUUGUAUUUAUAAAGAAAGCCCCCACAGAGAAAGAUACUUAUCAUUUCAGUCAAAUAUUUUUCGAUGAAGACUACAUACUGCCUGGUGAUUUGAAGUUUUUCAAGGAGGAAUUGAGAAAACUCAAAAAUAAAAAUGAGCUGUUAAAUCUAAAAUUUCGUAUUGCAAAUUUUGUGACAUGUGAAGAGGAUGAGUUACUUUCACAACCUGACUUACCUGAUGAAGUUUCAGAACAAAAUAUGACUGAUUUUUUCAACAUGUUGAUAUUUGCUGUUGGUAUGCCGGAUGAAAAACAGCUUGGACAUAUUAUUGCAAAAGAUAUGAGUGACCAACUCAACUUAGCUGACAGUGAGUUUCCCACGAGUAGUCUUGAGAUGUUUAUUCAGAAUUGGAUGAAAGAUAAAAAGGGAUACUUUCUUACUGAUGAAGAUGGUGAAAUUUUUUUUGAAAAAGUUACUCAAAAAGUUUCUGCAUUAAAUGUAUAUGGCAUUACUUUGAAAUAUUGUGCAAAAAUUGAAGAUUUUGGUAUGGAAUUUAGCCAUAUCCCACCAAGAUUGAAGAGUUUCCUAACUUCAACUAAUGAACAAAUUUUCAUUUUGAUUAGCUCAUUUACCACACUGAGUGCAAUCAAAGUAAUUCAAGCAUUGAAAGAUACAAAAGCAUAUGAAACAGAGGGCAGCUUCAUCGCAAUUCAUCUGAGCUCCAUUUUGCAUGCAGGUAUAAAAGAUCGCAUAAUACAGGCUUUCAACUCUGAAGUAUCAAAUAAUCUCUUGGUAAUUGAAUGUGGAGCAGCAGAAUUAGGUGACAGACAACAAUUAUUACUUGAACCAUUGUUUUCUAUAACAACAAGGUGCAACAAAAAGAAAAUUAUUCUUAUUACUUGUGAGAAUGACACUUUAGCUGAAAAACUUCAAAUGGAUUUUCCUGAAAUUAAGUGGGAUGGAGUAAUAGAUGACAAAAAUAGCCUAAUUGAUCUGAAACAUCAUUCACAGGAAGCACUUUGGAACAGAAAGAUUGAAUUUCAAGGUAGAGAACCAGCCCUGAGCUUAGGUACAUUGUUAACAAAUAAAGAAUCAAAAUAUAUUUUGGGAAAAGCGCUCGUUGGAGAAUUGUUAUUCAAAUUAAUUGAAAGUAAAGAGAUGAAAAUUGGUAAAGCGCCAAAAGAUCAGAAGUAUGACAAUGCAAAGUAUUAUUUCAUCCAGCGAUCCUUUUUCCGCUACAUAAAUAUUGAUGUAAAAUUUAAAGAAAACAAGUCUGAAUUUGCUCUCAUUGACAAAACUCAAGAAAUUGCUGAAUCAUGUGUCCAGGCAACACAGGAUAUAAUACUAAUAGCCGAUACGAAUGAAGACUUCAUAAAAUGCUGUAAUAGCUGCAAUAACAACAUUCACUGGUUAAAAAAAAGUGGAGAUGAUUGCAUAUGGCAACAGUCUCGAGGUAGUGUAUCAAAAUUACGAGAAUUCAUGAAAACUAGUGAGCAAAGCAGAACAGAAUAUAAACUGGAUAACAUUGUAGAUAUACCCGACAAAGUUGUCCUAAUUGCUGCUGAGGCAGGUAUGGGAAAAUCAGUUAUUCUAUCUCAUUUAGCAGUAAAUACACCCACUGUUCCGUUUCCUGUGUGGAUUGUGAGGUGUAAUUUAAUGGAAUAUUCAUUCAAGUUUGGAGAAUGGGUUAAAUCUUCUAAAAAGGUCAAUGUGAAAGAAGCAGUGAAGUUUCUCUAUAAAAUCACACAAUUUAAAUUAUUUGAAGAAUGUGAAGAUGUCGAGGAAGAACAAAUAUUGGAUAAUUUUCUAGACAUUCAAAAUAAUGGCAAAGUUUAUUUUAAAAGCAAUCAAUUGAAACAAAAUAAAAAUGUGUCAUCAUUAGCACUAUUUGAGAUAGAGUUGUUUACUGUGUUGUAUAAUCAAGGUAGGAUAGUCCUAUUAUUAGAUGGAUUUGAUGAAAUUAUCCCAAAUUAUAAGUAUCAAGUUAUUAAAGUGAUUGAGAAUUUGAUAAGUCGCUUGGCAAAAAUAUGGAUGACAACUCGUCCUAUUGGUAUUCGAGGUGAAGCAGAAAAUAAGUUUAGUGUGUUUUCAUACCAGCUAACAUCAUUCACUCAAGAUGACCAAAAGAAAUUUUUAAUGGAAUUUUGGAGAGAAAAAUUGAAACCUGUCAAAUUGAAUGAACAGUGCUCCAGUGUUUAUAUUGACAACCUGAUAAGGAAGUUCUCUUCUUGUACAAGUGAUUUACAAAAAAAGUUUUUAAGUGUGCCUUUGCAAGCAUACAUGAUUGCUGAGGUUUCUACUGUUGCAUUUAAACAAUUUCAUGAAUCUGGGAAUUCAGAACUUUCUGAAAAACACCAAGAAACACUUGAUCAGAUGUUGGAUUUAAAUUCCUUGUAUCAGAAAUUUAUUCUUGAGAAGUACCGUAUACAGCGAAGGAAGAUGGAUCCUAAAUAUGAUCAUAAUAGAUAUAAUGUGGGAAAUUCUGAAAUAGAUGACAUGCUGUAUGAAGAAUUUUUGGAAUGGCAUAGAAAAUUGGCUAUUUAUGUUACAUUUAAAGGAGAGAUCAACAAGUUCCCUUCCAAAAUGAUUGAUAUAAUUAAAAAUAUUAAAGAAGGAAAGGUGAAAACUGGUAUUGUUCAGUGUAUCCCAAAUGAAAUGCCUACCUUUAUACACCAAACAUUUGCUGAAUAUUUCACUGCUGAUUUUAUAUGGAAACAAUUUAAGUUAAUGGAAUUUAACAACUUUGAAAAAUUUAUUGAUGACAUUAUAUUUGGAAACUUAAUUAAGGUUGACAGAAAAGAAAUAUGUAAAUUUCUUAAAUCAAUAGCUGAAAAGGAUUUAAAAGGUAAUGAGAUGUUUCCCCAAUCUGAAGAAAAAUUUGAGACGCUGAUGAUGAAGCUUUUCAAUGUGAUUCGAAAAGAAAAUUUCUUCAGUCAUUAUAAGCUAGUAGGUCCACGUUAUUGGAGCAUGAGCGCAUGUCCAUCUUACAAUUACUCCUUUUCUGUAGUGUUAUGGAUAAUUGAGGUAGCAUUGAGCUCAGGUCGAGUAGGUGUUCUAGAAAUUAUUAGAAAUUGGUGUGAUAGAGACCAAUAUAACUUACUUUAUGUAUGUACACGAUUGGGAUACACAGAAUUUGCAAAAGCUCUGAUAUUAAUGAGAAAAAACAGCAAACAUUUUUUACAAUAUAAUUUAAUGAAUUCUGGUUGGAACAGUUCUAUUUUAAUGAUAGCAAUUUAUAGUGGUCUCCAAAAUAUCACAGAAUUUUUCCUUGGUUUCUACAAUGUUUUUUGGAAAGAUUGUCAUGAUCACACUUUCAUCUCCUGUAUUCUUAGUGAGAACAACGUUAAAGUUUUGGAUUUUCUUUUUAAGAACAAUAUGUUUGAUAUUGGUAAACCUUAUAUUGACAAUCAUCAACAGAAGCUGCUGUUUCUUGAAGCUAUGCGCAUGAGUUCAUCAGAUGUAGUUGGAUUUUUGAUGGACAAAACAGAUAUUCACAUAGUAGACGAAUUUAUUAGUUCUCAUGGAUGGAGCGAGAUCUCCUUUAGUCUGAGUGCUUCAGUGUUCACAUAUGAUGAAAAAAAAAUGGAGCUUGGUAUGAAAAAGGGAAUUGAUUUUGCCAAUACUUCGAGUAUGAAUAUCUUCCUCAGUCAUGUUCUUCAGAACUUUCAUAGACGGGAGAUUUUACAUGAUUUAAUGCGGGUGUUCGAGAUAAGUGAACUAAUCUUGAAAAGUGGCGCAGGUUACAAUUGUAAGAAUAUUAAACUUAGUGACCAAAGAUUGGGAUUUGGCUUUGAUUUCAAAACAUUUUCAUUUGAAAGAGAAUGUAAUACAAUAACAUUACAUUAUAGUGAGUGUUUAUACCUCAUCUGUAUGCUAUUAUUUAAGGCAGAAGCAAUGAUUCAUAAUAAGUUUGAUAUCAAGAGCUUAUCAUACUUUCACACAGCGACACCCACAGGUUUUAGGACUCCUAUUGCAAGCCUUCAUGAAAGCCCCUUUUUUCCUCCGGGUUUUUUUCGAAAUAAUUCAUUUUUAGAGCGAAAUAGAGUAAAUACCACAUUUUUGGACAGGGCCCCAGCAUCAGGAUUAGUUGGAACACUGCGCCUACGUGGGCACUACUGCUCUUGGCAGAAUAGAAUGAACUGUAUUCGAUGCUAUGGUAUAAAGUAUAAAGGUGAGCAGCAAUGUGUGUCACUGGAUGAACAUGACACAGCUACAGUACAAAGUGCUCUAAAUGAAGUAUAUUCCUUCAUGAAUAGGGCACCAGCCGUAAUAGACCAUCUUCUUCAGUCUUAUUCAACCGAAAUUGAUCGCCUUCUCCGUACAAUUCAUCUUCAUGAUAGUCCUAUGGCUAUAAAUCGCAUCAUGGAUGAGUAUUUGUUAGCUCGUAUUGAAAUACUUGUACCCAGACUUAGUAGAUUGGAAACAUUUUUACUGAUUAGAGUAAUCACUAUUUCAAAGGAUUGUAAUUAUAGCGUGUAUGCCGCAUAUAAAAAUAUAUCAAAACGUAUACAAGUAUCGUCAAAAUUGAAAAACAUGCCACAAGAAAUUAGAAAAAUUUCAAGCAAUGAAAAGUUUUUAUUCAAGACUAGAGAUUUAUUACAAAUUUUAGAAACAGAGAGUAGUCCCAAUGAUUUUCGUAAUGAAGUACUGAGUUUGGUGUCAACAAUAAAGGAAUGUGGAAAUUAUGAUUCUAUAGGCGAAGUCUUGACAAACAUAACGCAAAAUUUACAAAUUAAAGACCUAGAAGAGAUUUAUGAAAAGUCGAAGUACUUUCAUGAAUUAUUGAAAAAGUUGGACAAACUGUAUAAGAAUCUUACCACUGCCAUAGCUUCUGACGAAAAUAAAGAAAUAGAUGUUAUUUUAGAACGAGCACCAAAUUAUAAAAAAUCAAUUAUUCAUGGUCAAGAUGACGAAUUUGGCUCACCUUUACAUUAUGUCGCAAGUAAAGGUAAUGCAGAAAUUACCCAAAUACUUUUAUCUCACGGAGCUAAUCCCAAUCUUAGAUUAAUUGAACAUGGCGGUCCUCAACUUCUAUCAACUUUUGAAAAUUCUAAACAAAUGGAGGAUAAUGAAACCUGGGCAUCGGAUUACUACAGUUGGACCCCACUGCAUUUGGCAGCCUUGAAUGGUCACAAUGAAGUAGUUCUGCUGUUAUUAGAUAAUGGUGCUAAAGUUGAUUUGAUCACUGAUGUUAAAGCUACUAAUAAAGGGAAUACAUCACUGCACCUGGCCACUUUACGCAAUCAUUUCGAUACUGUGCUAUUACUUUUGAAAAAUGGAGCAUGUUAUGACGCGAAAAAUGCGCAAAAUAAGACACCUCUUGAAUUGGCUGAGGCUGGAUCUGAUGUAGCACACGUGUUGCAAUGCACUCAUAAUUCAUUUCGGGCUGUUAAGGAGCAUAAAAAAGAUUUAGUGAGUUCUUUAUUAACAGCGUAUGAUUCAGAUUUAUUAGAAGCAAUCUUACGUGCGAAAAAUUCAGAUAAAAAGACCCUUCUAUGCAUUGCUAGAGCUAAUGAGCAAGAUGACAUGGUAGACUUGCUUGAAGAAAUGUUUAGAUCGAAUGUACCUAUUAAUUUCACACAAAGAUGGGACGAUUCAAAUCAUGGAAAUGAAUUGGAUUUAGAAUCCCAUUCUAAAUUCGAUUCAGAAUCCUAUUCUGAAUCUCAUUCUGAAUCGUAUUCAAAACAGGAAGUGCUAAUAUCAGAUUCAGAUUUACUUUCAGGAUUGGAUUAUUUUAAUUAUUUGGAUUGUAUGACUGACAAUGAGAAGUUGAUUUCGCGAGAAUGUAAAACCACUGGCUUACCAAAACAAGGUUUACCAAACAAUCUUUCUUAUCCCGGGUGAGAAUGAAGUGUACUUCAAGGAAAGUCCAUUUUUAGGUUUACCUUUGGCAAAUCUUCGCACUAAUUUCAUCAAUUUUCAACGGGCCAUGGUCCAUGAAUGGUAACAUUCCUUGAAAUUUUCGUUUGGGUUUCCCCCCUCCCAGUGAACCUGUUGUAACAUUCCCUAAGGUACACUUUCUUCUCACCUGUGGGUGGUUUACCUCCGAGUAAACCAGUAACAUUUACGCGUAGGAUUGGAUUAUUUUGGAUUCUGAACCCUCAAGUGUAAGGGCACCAAAUGUCGACCCCCUCCCUAAAUCCGACCCCCCCUCUAACUCGCCUAUCAUAGGCCAGGCCAGACUGCCUCUGUAUUUCUAUGUUAUAAGCGAAACGGCGCAAAAUGUACAUUUUAAUACUACCCUUCUUUUUCUUAUUCAACGUAAAAUUCGCUAGAAAUGUGAGAGAGAAAAAAUAGGUAGCUGCGUUACUGGAUUUUUCAGAAAGAUGAGGACCCAUUUUCCUACCACUUACUUACCUACUCUAAGUAUUUCGGGAACUAUAAAAACUUAUUUUUUGCCGUCAAAAAUGUUGCUAGUUCUAAAUUUUUUACAAUUCUUUUGAGUUUCUAUCAAUUCUAUGGUUAAUUCUUACUGAUCUUGAUCAAUAAUUUUAUUACAUGACUUUUCUGCUUUUGCAGAUGUGUAUCUAUCAAACUUAUGUAUGUACUUUGUUAUAUUCCGCUAACAAGAGGAUUUUUUUUAUUUUUUUAAAAUACCUAACGUUGCUCCACUCCGCACCAGGCGGCGGAGUUUAUUUUUAUUGAUUCAAGUACUUACCUAAUAAACAACUUACAUCUAAGCAGUGUUGAAAGAACAGCACAAGAACGGAACAAAAUUUAAAAGAACGGAACAUUUUUUGAAGAACAAGAACAAGAACGAAAACAGAAUUCAAAUUUUUUCAAGAACAAGAACAAGAACAAAACCGCAAAACCAAUUUUUGAAAGAACAAGAGCAAGAGCAAGAACAGAAUCAAAAUCUCCUCAAGAACAAGAACGGGAACAAGAACGGGAAAACUUCCCAUGUUCUUUGUUCUUGAUCUGUUCUUUGUUCUUCGUUCUUGUUCUUAAAUGUUCUUUCAUUUUUUUCUUACGCCAUUGUCAUAGCUAGAAUUUCUAUGGAAAUUUAUGCAAAAAAUUUUGUAAUUUGUGAGAAAAUCGUAAAAAAAGGGUGUAAUUUUUUGCAAAAUAUUGAUAAAAUUGUCAGCAGAUUUGAAACCAGCAAGAACGCUAGUAAAAAACGCUAUUGAAAGAACGCAAGAACGCCAGGAAAGAACUCAACAAGAACAAAAAUAAAAACAACCAAGAACGGGCGUUCUUGGUAGUAAAGAACAAGAACAAAACUGUGGUGCAAAAAUUUGAAAGAACAAGAACAAAAACAAGAACAUAAUUUGAUAACAAAGAACAAAAACAAGAUCAAGAACGCUCCUGAUACAUCAAGAACAAGAUCAAAGAACAAGAACGCGGAAAUUUUUUUCGCGUUCUUUCAACACUGCAUGAUAAAAAGUAGUAAUCUACCUAUGUAUUUUAUAUUAUUUUACACGUUUAUUAAUCUUAAUUCUAGUCUCUUGGGUAGGUAUAGUUUAUUUUUUAUUGUAAGCAUGUUUAGUAUUUUUAUAGAAAAACUUGUUGAAUUAUUUUCUUGUAAUAUUUUAUAAAAUACAUUAAUGAAUAGUGUUGUAGAGAAAAGUAUUAUUUGGAAAAAUAACAAUUGUUGAAUUAAUAGGUAGGUACGUGAAAUUUUUAAAUGAAAUACUUACUUAGUUUUGGCGUAAAGGAGGCAAUAAUCUUUCAUGAGAGUUCUAAAUUUUGAAAUUUUGAAAAUUGUCUACUUGGAGCUUGUGAAAAAAAUCACGCUGACAAGAGAAUCACUCCAGCCUUCCGCCACGGAUUUGGAGAAUACUUGAAUACGCCGGCGGUUCUAGCAGUAGUAUAGUAACAGUUCAUAGAGUAAGUAGCACAAUAUUACCUACUAUUUUAGAACUCUUGCAGUGUUUAUUCUUUGUAAAUGUUUACGAAACACUACCACUAAGCCCUUUUUUUUUUCAAAUUCCUUAUUUUUCUUACCUAUCGUUUUUAACCUUGGGGUCAUUC